CUGGGUGAUGUGGUCCACGGCGCUCACACGCACGCUGUCAUUCAACACUGCACUGAUGUCUGCUGCGGUUAUUUUAGCCGCUGUUCUCGGCGGUGGGGUUCUCCUCAUUGCCCGGAGAAUAUUCUCCAGACGCAAAGCGCUGAGAUCACUGAGCUACCCAGCGAGUCUGAUGCGCGGAAAGACUGUGAUAGUGACCGGGGCGAACAGCGGCAUCGGGAAGGCGACGGCGGCGGAGCUGCUGAAGCUGCAGGCCCGUGUGAUCAUGGCCUGUCGGGACAGGCGCAGGGCUGAAGAGGCGGCCCAGGACAUCAAGAAUCAAGCCGGUGCAAAUCAGGGAGAGUUAGUGGUCAAAAACUUGGACCUCGCGUCGCUCCAGUCUGUGCGCAGCUUCUGCGAGGAAGUUAUCAGGGAGGAGCCGAGGAUUGAUGUUCUUAUCAACAACGCUGGUCUCUACCAGUGUCCCUACAGUAGGACAGAAGAGGGCUAUGAAAUGCAGUUGGGAGUAAACCUCCUGGGUCACUAUCUUCUGACAAAUCUUUUGCUGGACCUCCUGAAGCAGUCGGCUCCCAGCCGUAUCGUCGUGGUCUCCUCCAAGCUCUACAAGUAUGGCAGCAUCAACUUCGAGGACUUGAACAGUGAACAGAAUUAUAACAAAGCUUUUUGCUACAGCCAGAGCAAGCUUGCCAACCUACUAUUCACCCGCGAGCUGGCACGCAGGCUGGAUGGUACUGGGGUAACUGUAAAUGCCCUCACUCCGGGUAUCGUAAGGACCAGAUUGGGCCGGCACGUCAACAUCCCCCUGCUGAUUAAGCCUCUUUUUUUGCUGGUCUCUUGGUUGUUCUUCAAAAGCCCACUGGAGGGUGCUCAGACCCCACUGUACCUGGCAUGCUCGCCUGAAGUUGAGGGUGUGUCUGGAAAAUGCUUCACUAAUUGCGAAGAAGAACAAUUGCUUUCUAAAGCCACCGAUGACCAUACUGCUAAACGGCUCUGGGACCUAAGUGAAAGCAUGGUGGGUCUUAGGAGGUGAGGGGACGAAGCAGAACCAC